AUGGAAAACUACACUUGGAACAGCUACUACCUGCAGUUAGAGAGCCUGAACGUCUCAGAGUCCUCCAAGUACUCAGUCUUUUUCUGCUUCCUCUUUAUAUACCUGCUUAUCAUGGUUAUCAAUGUUGGCAUUAUAGUGUUGAUAAUCAUAGACAAAAACCUCCAUCAGCCCAUGUACCUGCUGUUCUGCAACCUGUCAGUCAGCGAUGUGAUUGGUAACACAUACAUGAUCCCCCGUCUGCUGUGGGACAUCCUGAAGCCCCCGUCUGAGCGCCUCAUCAGUUACUACGAGUGUGUGGUUCAGGCCUUCACCUCUCACAUGUUCGGCACCACCUCCCACACCGUGCUCAUGGUCAUGGCCUUCGAUAGGUACGUGGCCAUCUGCAAUCCUCUGAGAUACGCCGACAUCAUGACCAACAGGAUGGUACUGAAGCUGACCGUUUCCGCCUGGGGGGUGGCUUUCGUUUUGGUGGCGGUUCUGCUCGGUCUGACGAUCCGACUGAACCGAUGCAGGACUCUGAUCUCAAACCCGUACUGUGACAACGCCUCGCUGUUUAAGCUGUCCUGUGAGAGCGUGGUCAUCAACAACAUCUACGGCCUGGCCUUCACCGUGGUCCUCCUGACCUCCUCCAUCGGCUGCAUGGUCCUCACCUACACCAGCAUCAGCGUGGUCUGUCUGACCAGCAAGAACAAGUCUCUGAACAGCAAAGCCCUGAAGACCUGCAGCACUCACCUCAUUGUUUAUUUCCUCAUGUUUGUCUGUGGGAAGAUCAACAUUUUGUUGCAUCGCUUCCCUGAGCUCAGUUAUUACAGGAGCAUCUCUGCUAUCAUGUUUCAUGUCCUUCCUGGCACCCUGAACCCCAUCAUUUACGGGGUCCAGUCCAAAGAAAUCAGACUUUUUUUUUCAAAGCUGUUUAUGUCCAAAAAGGUCGUGUCACAUUUAAGAUAA